UGGGGUUGUGUUUGUAUAGCAACCAAAUCCGGGCAUUUCCAUGUUCCUAGAUACCAGUUUGACACAUCCAGGGAAAAAUGUGUUUCGGGACCGGCUAAAACUAAACAAAGCAGCAAGUUGACUAAAAAGACUAGAUUACAAUGGACAUCACGAAGGGCAGUCUCGAUAGUAUCUCACGUCCUGCAUCCAGCGAGCGUUCUCGCCCUGGUAGCCGAGUUUCUAGUGCAUCGCUGCUAGAAAGAAGAGUCAACCACGCCAUCCCUGGGUCCUUGGUUGUUCUAAGCCCAGAUAUCCCAGAAAUGCAGGACCGAAUGAGCACGCCAGAAAAUGUCUGUUCCUCAAAGUCUUCUGAAGACCUGCCCCAAGGGCUGUUGGAUGUUGAACUGACUGAAGCAACCACUGCCCAAGCAGAGGACAUUGUGGAGUCAGCUCUGCCUGACAAUGCCUCCCCUGAUACUGAAUCUGAUGAGGAAAACAAAGAUCCAGAGGUUCAGAAAGCCAUCCAUAAAAUGAGGAAGUUGGACAAAAUCCUGGCUCUGAGGAUCUCUAAGGAAAUAGACAUCAAAAGGCAAGGGAAGGAACUCCAUCAAAAACUAUGGGAAGAAUUACAGGAAUUGAAGCCUAAGGAGGCACCGGAACGUUCUGACGAAGCUGAAAAUACAAGACUGUUUUUGGCUCUGUCUUCCAGCACUUUUAGCUCCAGUGAUGAGGUGGAUUAUCCCCCGGUGUUCGAGACCCAGAUUCCAGACGAUCAGUGCGACAGGGAUGGCAGUUACAGGAGAGAAAGUGAAACGGACCGUAGUAAAAUGGCAGAUUCCUCCAAAGUGGCACUCGAGGAGAGUGUGACAGAUCAGUCAGAGGGCAGACCGUGCGGAGUCGACAGGGGCAAGAAGAAACAAGACUUUGUGAAGAAAAACAUUGAGCUGGCGAGGGAUGCUGGGAGCCAGGUGCUAAUGACGGACGCGGAGAAGACGCGGCUGGCGGAGCUCCUCCAGGAUCUGGACAGUGGGGACGAGGGGGACCAGGCAGACCCCAAUCUGUUGGCUGUGCUGACAUCUACAGGCGAGGGCUACACCCCUGAGCCCGCUGAACUGGACCAGCUCCGUCAUAUUGACUCCAGACUGCAGCUUCUCCUUCCUGUGGAGGACUUCCUGUCCCUGCGCAGCAAAUACCCCGGCCACAGCUUGCCUGAGGGCCCCAGGGCUGGCUGGGAUAGCGAAGGUGACAGACUGCCAGGAGAGAAGGUUCUCCAGGACCUGAGGGUGACUCGAGAGCAGGAGACGCGGCUGAGGGAGAUAGAGCAGCAGCUGGAGCAGGACCAGGUCGGCACGUGUGGAAGACCCGUUCUGUCGGAGGUGCAGCUGAGCAGCCUGUUGGAGGACUGUGUGGUGGCCUUGAGCAGGCUGCCUUCCUCGCUGACCCCGUCUGGGGCCGGAUCUGGGGACCGGUCCCCUGGGGCUUCGCUGAACUGUCCCAGCAGCCCCUGCUCACUCCUGGACAGCAUGCCUCGGCUCUCAGACUCCGUGCUCUCCGAGCUGCUGAGAAGCGCCCGCAGUCUGGAGACGCCGCUGCUGGGAGACGGCACGCCGUGUGGGUGAUCAGGUCACAUGACCUGCAAGCCAACGAAGCACACUUCUCUGUCUCUCUCACACACACACACAUAUACAUACAUGGAAACACAUGCAGAUGCGUGUGCACGUACACACACAUGCAGUGCAUGCACGGACAAACAGACACACAAAUGCAAACACACAUGCAUGUUUAAUUACUUUUAAAUUAAACUGUAUGAAACUGUUUUCUGAAUUUGUGCUUUUUAUUUUUGCAUCAAGUGCAUAUGCAUUUUUAAAAACUAAUCCACUUGUAGGAGAAGCGCUAGUACUUAGAAAAUGUGAUCCUACAGCGUUGGGGGACCACUGGCGGACCAUUUGCUAGUUUUUCCACACUGCCGUUUCAAGUAUCUGCUGUUUGUGGGACAGAAAAGCUAUCAGUGAGGAAAUGACCGGACCAGACCAGUCUUUUUAAGAUGCUGAAUUACUAACUCUUGAUAUUUAGAAAUUAAUCAUGCAAUGUUUUAUUAGUUUGAAUGAAGCUUAAGUUGGAUCAGGACUUUAUGUACCCUUUGGUCACAAUGUGCACAUUUUUUCCUGGAGAUGUAGUCAGAGGAAGGGAUCAGAUUGGAUGCAGUGGGGGAAGUUACCUUGUGUAUUAAUGAGGGGUCAUGCAUAGCUGCUUCGGGGGGACAAAGGGACCGUGCAGGACUCCUAACGGCCGGGCCGUCCCAUUAUGGCGCUGGCUCCGGUGGGGAAGAAAUUCCACGCAUGCCAACCUCCACAGGUGAGCCCGCCGCUCCCGGAGGAGUCCUCAAUGGGGUAACUCUAGGGUGAAAUGCUUUUGUUCCAUCCUACCAAUCCUGCUAAUUUAACUUCAGGCUAUUUUCUUUUCUUUUUUUCUAAUUUGUCCUUAUUUGGUAAUGCUCUAAUUUGCAGAACGAAUUCAGUGCUUGUGAGCGUAGAAGGGUCACGGUCCACAGUCAUGUUCCGGCAGUACAUCAUUUUGUGUCAUAAUUAAUUAGCUGUUUAUGUUGAGUAUUAAACUGUGAGUCUGCAGUUGUGAUCAGGCAUCUUCAGGCUGUAACGGUAGUAGAGGCACGGCAUUACGUUUCUGCAACGAUCUGGGAAGGAUUCCUUAAUAGGAAAGUGCACCUGGACAUCUUGAGGGGAAAGUUUUGUUUUCUUGGAAUGAAGAUUCGCUUUUCUGUUCCCCCGGAGGGCAAUACCUUGCACAUUCAGGGAAGCCAGAGGAUCACAGUGGCUCCUUUUAGCAAACACUAAACCAGGUUUUACUGAACGUUCCAGCCAACAGAAAACAGAACCAGAAAUUCUCUGGAUGAAGUUAUUUUCUGAUUGUGAUGGGAAAGGGGCUAAAAAAAAACAGGACUGAUCACAGUUAUGUUUUCUGAUGUCAUACGGUGCACUGAUACUAUCCUGGUUCUUAAGUCAAGGACUUAAGUGUACUAAUAAGUGCACUGAUUUUUCCUCAAGGUCAGUUUUCAGAUUUCAGACAUGACUGGCAGACAGCAGAUCUGACUUUUUUAUGGCCCUGGACUGGCCUUGUCAUCCAGAGACGUGUGUGAGGAUCUGAGAAAGCAGACUCUCCUUAAUUCCCACCAUAAACUCACGGCCCCUCGCUCCUCAGCCACCUCAAUGUUUGUUAUGCACGGGAUGUGGCGUAGCUUUCCCCCACUGUGCCCAGAGCUGCAUUUCAGUGCACGCUGCUGGAGGAGUGUAAUUAUUUAAUGGGGGGGGCUCUGACCCUCAAUUAAAAAAAAAAUGAUUGCGCUGUUUUGACAGCCUGUAGGAAACCACUGCCUGGAGGUGCCGUUUCAAAUACGUCUGCUCUUCCAUCCUUCUCUCCGGUGGCUUGGAUUUGUAACAUCUUGUUGCGUUUACUCAUGCAAGCCUCUGAGUGAAACCUGGGGCCACCGUAUGUUAGAACUGAAUGUUCGCGUGCGCCGUGAUAAACAGCCUCCAGCAGCUCAGGGCUGUUGGGCGGUCACAGAGAAAGGCGUUACGUUUUUUAAGGUGCCCCGAAUGUGCGAGCGUGUUUGCGCAGACUGCUUUAGCCGAGCCUCUGAUGGGUUGAGCGGGGCCUGUAAAGUGACUGAGUCAACAGCCCGGUUCUAUUCUCAGACUGUAUACGAGCACCGUGCCUCUGAACUGGUAAUGGGAAGCCAAAGAGCAGAGGAUGCCAAUCACAAGAAUGUCUCGGAUAAGUGGGACUUCACUUUGUUAGUUGUUUGACAGCUUAUUCUCCAGACAUUUUAAGAAAUAUGGUUGCUGAAUUGCGCAUAUACUCAACAGGGUGUUUACAACAGUUCGUUAAAUGUGAACGAAAGGCAGUCUAUAGUCUAAAAUCUAUUAUAGUUUGACUUCCUUUUGUUUGCCAGGAGAAGAGCCAAGUUCAGGUGAUUGUUGGAUAUUUAAACACAUUGCGUUCUCUGUAAGCGAUGCAUGAUGGUCUGUUGUUUAUUGACAUUAGUUGGAUUUAUAACAUCCUGUCAUUCUGUCUUGCAUUUAAAUAAUAAAUUAUUUUAAUUAAAAUCAGUCCAUUUAUUCAAAGAUUUUCAUAAUGGUUAACAUAUAACAUUUUCAAAGUGUAAUUCACAGACUUCAUUACAUAUAAUAACUGCAAGUUCAGUAUAACAUUAAAUGGAUACAAAAGAAUGAGCAGCAAUACUUUUCCAACAGGGAAAAAUCCAGAGACACAUAUGAGUGAAACCAGUUACAUUUUUUGGACUAUGCUCUCUUGUAGAAAGAUGUAACUUAAUCAAACAAUAAAUUGUGGUGUCUAGUAUUGUGUGUUUUUUAUUGUACACUGUAAGUAUUUCGGAGGACAUACGGUGUUUGUGAGAGAAAAGAUGAAUAUUUGCAUUUACAGAAACCAAGGAUAAUUUUAAAGAGCAAUCCCUGUCUGCUGUCCUUCAGGUAGAGUAAGCGAUGCACACGGAUCCAUUAUCAGUUAAUGACAGAUUAAUGGCUGAGUCAUGAAAACCACAAAGUGGUCAGCAUAUGACCGAGCUUACAGCAGAUGCUGGGUCCAGUGGCUGUUAAAGUGUUCAUGUAUGCGUGGAUUGCUUCAGUAUGUUUCUGCACAUUUAAAUCUGGGUCAUGGAUGUAAGUAGAUUAAUCAUCUGGACUCAAAUGACAAUGCAGUAAUGUUAAGAAAGGACAGGGGAUUCAGUUCUGCUGUAGUCUCUGGUGGAAAUGUUCUUUUUUCCACUUGUCAGUAGGGCUUGACACAGAACUCCACACAGAAAGGCCCAGGCCCAGGACCUUCUUGCUGUGAGGCGACAGUGCUACCAACUGCACCACCGUGCUGCCCAAUUAUUAUUAUCAUUAUUAUUAAGCACUGUACAAAAACAAAAGUAGGUUGUCACAAUGUUUGGUUAACCGGUGGCAUGCGGUGUGUUAGUGCUUGUGAAAAUGCUGUGUGGCUAGGGACUUUGGAAAACCACAAGCCAUCAUGACUGGUGAGCCAAAAUGUUAAUAUCAAGCCCUGCUUGUCAGUAUUUGUGUUUGUGUAGAGGGAAGAGACAUUUUCACCCUGUAAUGCUAUUAAAUUCCAUAAAAGCCAGAUUGGUUUACAUGUGGGCUGCAUGCAUUUGACUCUAUGCAUCACCUCCAUCAUAAAGAAGAAGCUCAAGAAUGCCACACAGGG